AUGGCGGGCGAGUACCCAAUGCUGAAAUCAUUCGGGGUGGACAGUAUCGAGGCAUACGACACUGCAGAGGGGAUGUAUCAAAAGUUUUUGGAGUUUCAGCCAAACCCAGAGAUUCCUGUAACCUACCAUGUCAUGGAUGUGAAUGAGAUCCAUUUGGAGGAAGGGGCGUUUGAUGUGAUUUACAUUCAACACGCAUAUCAUCACUUCGAGCGCAUCGAACACGUUGCUGAAGAGAUCUCCAAGGCCUUGAAGCCCUCAGGUGUGUUCGUCAUCACCGAUUGGAUUGGGCCAAAUUUCCUGCAGCGGACGCCAGCGCAGCUUGCAGUGAUGAACAACCUUUGGCAUCAUAUGCCAGCCAAGUGGCAGGACCGGUCCAUGGUGGAGAGGGAGUUCCCCGUGGUCAUCUCCAAGUACGUGCAGGGCGCCCGAAAGAUCGAGUUCGACGGCGUCGGCCGCAAUGGCCAGGUGAUCAACUACGCCAUCUCCGAGCAUGUGGAGGACGCGGGGACCCACAGCGGCGACGCCACCCUCUUGCUGCCGGCCCAGCGCCUGCAUUUGGAAACCCACCGGCGAGUGAUGCACAUCGCCAGCUCUGCAAGGUUCUGA